GGUUAAGGGAAUCCAGAUACAAUAAUUCUUUUUCUUUUCCUUUUUUUUAGAGCUUCUCUUCUCUCGACGCGGCGACAUCAUUUCUAUGAUAUUUGAUGAUAUCCCUGAUCCGUGAUUGCAAUCAUCUCUGCAAAUUUGGUGCGUUCCGAAACUUAUUUCGCAGGGAAAAAUUUUAUUUGCAGUAUCCAGCUAUGUAUACAAUCCUUGGGUGUGUUCAAGAAUUACGUCUAGAUAAUCUCUAGAUAUGCACUUUUAAUAUAUGUACUUUUAGUAUUAUAUAUGUGACAUAAACUAUAGUCUAUAUCUAGAAUUAUAUCUGUGCGUAAUUCCUGAACACACUCCUUCGAUAGCGUUUGCGCGUACAGUUCACUGCGCAUAUAAAUUGCAAUCUGCAAUUGCAAUGUGAUCUUUUGUUUUGAUAAUAAGAUGAUUCAUGUUGAUAAUAAAUAUGAUUCAAGGUGCUUUUUCGGCUGAUCCGUGAAAGUUUUUACUAUAAUUCAUAUUAAUAUAAAAAGAAAACUUAUAAAGGCAGAAAAAGGCGAUUCAGCGAAAUACUCAGCUGAAUACAUUCUUUCUGGCCGUUAAUCGCAGCAAUUGCAGUUUACGAUCGCAGUUCAAGUCCAAGUUGGUCCAAGUUAGUCGUAAUCAGUAAUAAUGGUAUGUUGUGCGCGAGAGUACAUUUAUCUAUCCUUCUCCACGGUGUGAAAACGGCGCAGUAUUUAGCUGGCGAGCGGAGAGUGAGGAUCAGUUCAUUCAACGAAUCAGUUCUGGCACUUCUGUUGAGCAAUGUGGUCUUCGUGUUGCUUCCACCUGUCCUCAUGCACCUAUUUAGAGACUAUGCACGCUUUGUGAAUCCAGGAAUUCAUGUAUUCUGGUUUUUACUGAUGAUAGUUGGACUUUCUAGCGCGUAUUUUCAUGCUACUUUGUCCUUGAUAGGUCAACUAUUAGAUGAAUUGUCUAUUUUGUGGGUGUAUAUGGCAGGCUUCUGUAUGUUCUUUCCCAGAAGAUAUUUCCCCAAUGUCGUACAUAAUGACAGAAAGCUCUUCUCUAUAUGCGCAACGUUGCCCACUCUAAUCGCCACCGGUUUGGCCUUGAUACAUCCGGCUGUAAAUGCUUUCGCAUUGAUGAGUCUGGGUGUACCGGCGAUUGGAUUCUUGAUCAUGGAACUGAAGAGGACUACCUCGGUAAGAGUGUACAGACUAGGAUUGCGAUGCGGCAUCAUGUGGAUACUAGCGGUGGUCUGUUGGCUAAACGAUCGUCUGUUCUGCGAUACCUGGCUGAACCUAAACUUCCCAUAUCUCCAUGCAUUGUGGCAUUUGUUUAUCUUCAUUGCGAGUUACACGGCGGCGGUGCUCUUUGCGUAUUUCGCCGUACAAGAUGAGAAGCCACAGCAGUCUCCAGUGCUCAAGUAUUGGCCCAGGGAUAACUUUGAACUCGGUAUACCGUACGUGACUAUUCGAAGUUACAUCAAGUCGAGUUAUAAUAUGAAUAUAUAAUUCUUAUAAUAAUUUCGAGAACACUAAUACUGCAAUGCAUAUAUUAUUUAUUACGCGAUAGUAUACUUGAUACAACUAUAGCAAUAUUUAGUGUUUAAAUGCGCAGAUGUUUACGUGAU